UUUCUUUGAUUGGAUAAUACGCUCCACAACAUUGACGUCAUCAGUAGCAAGAUGGCAGCUCCCGUGAACAGUGUGGGUAAAACCUCAGCUGACCGUUUACAGGCUAAUUGUACGAGCUUUCAGAAGAAAACAAGGAGUAAAUUAAUCUCCAUACCCGGGACGAGACCUUCGGUCCAAAACGGACAACUCUUAGUUUCAACCGGUGUCACUUCGCUGGACUACCUGCUCGGUGGUGGAUUAGCAGUAGGUACAGUGCUUCUGAUUGAGGAGGACCGAUUUGACAGCUACUCCCGCAUGAUCUUGAAGUACUUUCUGGCAGAGGGAGUGGUGUGUCGGCAUGAACUCUUUGUGGCAACAGCUCAAGAUAACCCUGAUGAAAUCCUACAGGAGCUUCCAGCCCCUAUCUUGGAUGAUGUUGCUGUUCCCAAACCUGUGGAGCAGCCCAGACUGACUGGUGAACCUCAGGACACUUUGGAUGCCAUGAAGAUUGCCUGGCGCUAUCAGAAUCUGCCUAAAGUGCAGAGUGCUUUGGCAUCUUCCUCUCGAUUCGGACACUACUAUGAUGUCUCAAAGACGAUGGAGGCAGAGAUUCGCCAAGCAGCCAAGUGCCACCGCUUCUACCUUCCAGAUCACAUCACCCCGUCAUCAGCAGCACACAGGGUUGAGUCCUACUCUGCCUUACUGAAGUCACUGCAAGAGGUCAUACACAGAGAGGGCUUUGAUUUGGCGACCCCCAUGUCAAAAUCACGUAACAUCCUGCGUGUGGGGCUUCAUUCUCUGGGUUCAGCUCUGUGGGGGGACGACCUGUGUUGCCAUGACAAACCUAGGCACAGCCACGCCCUGACUACCUUUCUGUAUGGACUCCGUGCGUUGUUGAGGUCAUCACUUUUGGUUGCUGUAGUAACCUUACCUUCACAUCUCAUCCAGGACAGAGCUCUAAUGGGCAACAUAACCCGGCUGUGCGACAAUGCCAUCGCCCUGGAAUCCUUCAAAGGCUCUGAGAGAGAGACCAACCCUCUCUACAAAGACUACCACGGCCUGCUGUACGUGCGCCAGGUUCCUCACCUGAACUCUCUGGCGAGGCAACUCCCUGACCACAAGGAUCUGGCCUUUAAGCUCAAGAGAAAACAGUUUACAAUUGAGCGACUGCAUUUGCCUCCGGACUUAUCCGAGACGGUGAGCCGUGUCAGCAGGGGGGAGCCUGUCGGAGUGGCUUCUGCCUGUGGCUCCCGCGCUUCCGGCACCAAAAACCUGGAUUUCUGACAGGAAACCAAAGACUGAAUCACCGUGGCCGUUGCCCUCUUUGCCGCGGCAACCGGGCUGUUGCCUCGUUCAGGUGAUGUCAACGGCGAUGAAGCAGCCAGCCGUUACCACCUGCCAACCAGGGCAGCCAGAGGUGAAGAUCUAAACAUCCACAACACCUCUGCUCAUAGCAAACACAUUUAUCGUUUCCGUUUAAUGUUUUUACGCAAAUAUAUUAAGUUGUCAUGAUUUUGUUCGCUUGUUAAAUAGUAAUCAUCUUGAAUGUCAUAAAAAGUUCAAUUACAAGACAAAGUUUGUUUCUUUUUACUUUUGUUGCCCACAAAAGCUUGCCUCUGCCGCCAGUGUAAUCAUGAAAUAUUUUACAGCCUUUACAGAUUCUCCAUCUUGGGAAACAUUGAAUAAUUUAUCUUUGUUCUUGGCUUUCUUUACAAACAAGAGGCAUCUGCUGUGCUGUUCCACCAUUUAAAUCGGUCUGCAAAUACAAUCUAUGUUCUGGGACAGUGCAAUGUGCUCUUGUGAAAUUAAUUAAAGAAGAGAACAAGUGUACAAAACCCAACAUGGUCUCUCUGUUGAAUUUUGGUUCAACUCUGAGGAGCGUCCUGAAUGGCGGCGCUCUGGUCUGCCUGACUGGGUUCAGGUUUAUAUAGAAAUGCUCCAGUCUAAUCCACAGAGACAUUGCUGGUGAGCGGCAUCUACAUCGUCUCAGCAGAGCUGAAACAAUAGGAAUGUGGGCAGAGUGGGUGCAGGCGUCACACCUCAUGUGCUGUGUUUGAUGGAUGAGCUUUAAAGAUCAAAUUAGGUCAAACAGUUACAUACAAAUUAAAUGUUUUAUGUUUGUUUUCUGUUUUGUUGGAAGCUGACACCACUUUGAAUCUUUUUGCCUGUUGAAACUUGGCAGAAUGGGUGACAGUUUGCAACGUGUGUUCAGAGCAGCUUGUGGGACACACUGGUCAUUUUUAUGGUACUUCUGUUUAAUACUUUGUAAUGACAUAUGAAGGACUGGGUUGGACUGGCGAGCUGUCCAGAACGUAUCCCACCUCUCGCCUGUUGAACCCUGGCGACCCCACCAGGGACAGAUGGAUGAACAUAUAAUGGAUACACAUUAAAAGUGAAUUGCAGGAGAAUAGAUUAAUUAAUUAAUAGUUUUGUAAUGUUUUAAUGUUUGCGUCUUUGUGCUCCACUGUUUGACCUGAAAACAUUCUGUGCUGGUUUGCUGUUCUUUGAUUUUCAGAUUAUCAACAAACAUCUUUUGGUUUUUAUCCAUGAAUACAAAAAAAAAAAUACAUAAACCGUCUAAUAUGAUGAAGAUUUGGCAUCACGUUUAAGUGGUUGCAAUUCAACUUCACUGACAAAGUCGUCAUAAUGUUUCAUGUGUCUUGUUUCGUUUUUUUUUUCUUUUGCAUUUUCCCCCAACCCUAAGCGAGCCGUUGGCUAAUUUGAACUUUUUACGAAUUAGUUUAUGGCAGUUUGCACUCCAGUUUCACAGCGACAUUGCCUCAAUUUUCAACCGGCUAUUCAAAGAGUAAUUCACCCUGCAAUGAAUAAAUGUGGCAUUCAGUU